AUGACUAACCCGGACUCAAAGGCGAUCUCCAAAUUCGCAGCUCACAUCGGGGUCUGUUUCGCAGAGCAUUAUUAUGCCGUUCUGCGCACGACACCAGAGUUCGCAAGUGAUUUUUACCAUGAAACAGGCGUGUACCAGACGGUAUACGAGGACGGGACGUCUGUCAUCGCCAGGACGCGGCCGGAGGUGAAAUCGAUUUUGUUUCGGCGAAUUUCUGCGUCCGAUUUAACCGUGAAAUCGAUUUUUUCGAUACCCUGCCAUGGAUCGCUGGACCAUCUGCUGAUCACGGUGAUCGGAAAUUCGUUUAUGCACGUUUUUAACGCGGAGUACCAUUCGAAACGGACGAUCGCUUACACCAUUGUGGCGUCUUUCACUCAUUAUACUUCUGCCGCACCAGCAACCAACCGGCCGCCGGCUCCGGUAACGGCUUUCACCACAGGCAACUGUUAUGCUGACGCCAGUGACAAACUCGAAUCAUCGACCGCGAGUUUCACAUCGAGGAAAGGCGUAUGUUAUUCACCUAUUAUGACCACCUACCAGAAACCCCUUCCCUAUCCCGUUACCAUUAACACGCAACUCCAUAUCGCCGCCGCGAACCCGCCAAACAAAAUCUUAAAACGCAAACUCAAUGUCAUCGAAAUAGGAACCUCCCGUGAACCCCUUCCAGAUACCGUUACCGAUAAAAGGCCGUCUGUAGGUUUAAAACCAAAGAAACGAGUAGACGUUUCGUCUAAUAAUCCCACCCUCCCUGAACCCCUUCACGGUAUCAUUACCGAUAACAUGUUGACCACAGGUUUAAAAGCAGGAACACACGUGAGUUUUUCGCCUAAUAUAUUCACCACACGCGAAUACCUUUCCGAUUUCAUUACCGAUAACGUGCCGACCGCAGGUUCAAAAUCAAAGAAACGUGUAACCUUUUUGAAUAGCAUAGGUUGAGUUUCGGAGUGAAAUUUAUGUUAUCAUAUAACUCUAUAUUAUACGACAAAACGGCCUGCUGCCAGUGGUAUUUUUUUAAAGCUGUAGUUUGUUCCUUUUCUGAUUUCGGCAAUUCUAAUUGUCCAUUUAUAAAACUAUUAUGCGAUAAUAAUGUUUCAUUUACAUGCCUUUAAAACUAAAUUGAAUAUUUGCAAUUUUAAAUUUUUAAAAUAUAAAUUAACUUUUUAUUGGUUUAUAAUAAAUCUAAACCCACUUCAACUUUGUCCCAAAAUGGUAGGUAUUUUCUAAAAUCGGUUUUGCUUAAUAAAGUUUUCACUGAUGCUCUAUCUAUUAAUUGUUUCUAGAAAAUUCAACACAGUAGUGAAAGUUCCGAUACAAUGACUUACCUGGACCCAAAGACGAUCUCCGAAAACGUAGCUCACAUCGGGGCCUGUUUCGCGGAGAAUUAUUAUGCCGAACUGUGCACGACACCAGAGUUCGCAAGCGAUUUUUACCACGAAACCGGCGUGUACCAGACGGUAUACGAGGACGGGACGUCUGUCAUCGCCAGAACGCGGCCGGAGGUGAAAUCGAUUUUGUUGCGGCGCAUUUCUGCGUCCGAUUUAACCGUUAAAUCGACUUUUUCGAUACCUUACCGUGGAUCGCUGGACCAAAUGCUGAUCGUGGUGAUCGGAAAUUCGUUCACGCACGUUUUUAACGUGGAGUACUAUUCGAAACGGACGAUCGCUUACAACAUUGUGGCGUCUUUCACUUAUUAUACUUCUGCCGCACCAGCCACCAACCUGCCGCCGACUCCGGUAACGGCUUUCACCACAGGCGACUGUUAUGCUGACGCCAGUGACAAAGUCGAAUCACCGACUGCGAGUUUCACAUCGAAGAAAGGCGUAUGUUAUUCACCUAUUAUGAACACCUAUCAGAAACUCCUUCCCGAUCCCGUUAACAUUAACACGCAACUCUAUAUCGCCACCGUGAACCCGCCAAACAAAUUCUUAAAACGCGGACUCAAUCCCAUCGAAAACGGAACUCUCCGUGAACCCUUUUCCGAUCCCGUUACCAUUAACACAAAACCCCAUAUCGCCGCCGCGAUCCCGCCAAACAAAAUCUUAAAACGCGGACUCAAUCCCAUCGAAAAAGGAACUCUCCGUGAACCCUUUUCCGAUCCUGUUACCAUUAACACAAAACCCCAUAUCGCCGCCGCGAUCCCGCCAAACAAAUUCUUAAAACGCGGACUCAAUCCCAUCGAAAAAGGAACUCUCCGUGAACCCUUUUCCGAUCCUGUUACCAUUAACACAAAACCCCAUAUCGCCGCCGCGAUCCCGCCAAACAAAAUCUUAAAACGCAAACUCAAUGCCAUCGAAAUAGGAACCUCCCGUGAACCCGUUCCCGAUAUCGUUACCGAUAAAAGGCCGACCGCAGGUUUAAUACCAAAGAAACGCUUACGCGUUACGCCUAAUAAACCCACCCCCCGCGAACCCCUUCCCGGUAACAUUGCAUAUAACAAACCAACCGCAGGUUUAAAACCAAAGAAACUCUUACCCGUUUCGUCUAAUAAACCCAUCCCCCGCGAACCCCUUCACGGUACCGUCACCAAUAACAGACCGUCCGCAGUUUUAAAACCAAAGAAACGAGUAGACGUUUCGUCUAAUAAACUGACCCCCCGCGAACCCCUUCACGGUACCGUCAUCAAUAACACGCCGUCCGUAGGUUUAAAACCAAAGAAACGAGUAGACGUUUCGUCUAAUAAUCCCACCCCCCUUAAACCCCUUCACGGUAUCAUUGUCGAUAACAGGUCGACCGCAGGUUUAAGACCAAAGAAACACGUGAGAUUUUUGCCUAAUAUAUCCACCACACGCGAAUUCAUUUCCGAUUUCAUUAUCGAUAACGCGCCGACCGCAGUUUCAAAAUCAAAGAAACGUUUUUGA